CACAACUAAAAGAAAAAUAUAUUUUACACGCUCGCAAAAAAGUUGUAUGUGAAUUAAUUUUUUUUUAAACAAAAAGAAAAUAUAUUUAACAAUAUAAAAAUGGAUAUUGUUAAAGAAGUUUUAGAAAAACAACAACGUGAAUUAGAUAAAUACAAACCGAUAAGUGUUGAAAAGCAUUUAGAAGUUCGUCUAGAUGUUGGAAUGAUGUUAUGUACCGAUCCAAAUGAUUUGGAUGAAGAUGAAUUAAAAAAUAAUAAAGAAAAUUAUUUAAAAGAUCUCACAAGAGACAACACACAACUUUUAAUAAAUGCAAUUUGGGAACUUCCAACCGAGCGUGUUGACGAGUGCAUUGUUGCCAAGCUACCGGCACCUACAACAGUUCUACCCCGUCUCCGCAAGCCUCCAGGUCCAAAACCACUCACCAAAUGGGAGAAGUUUGCCAAGGAAAAGGGUAUCAAGAAGAAAAAGAAGGACAAGAAAGUCUUUGAUGAAGUUUUGGAUAAAUGGGUACCAACAUACGGUUACAGAAAAGCUGAUGCAGAAAAACAAAAAGAUUGGGUUUUGGAAGUACCCAAAAAUGUCGAUCCCGAAUCUGAUAUGUUCCAGAAAAAGAUUGAUUUGCGUAGUGAAAAGGUAGCCAAAAAUGAAAUUCAGCGAAUGAAGAAUAUUGUUCGUGCUAGGAAACAAGAAGUACCACGUUCUGGUUAUUUAGGUGCCGAAGCAGCUUCUUCGAGUCAAUUGUUGACCGCAGUCACUGUGGCCAAAUCAUCAACAGCUUCAGUUGGUAAAUUCCAAGAUAAACUACCCAAAGAGAAGGAAGCCCGUGGUAUUGGUGUCAAGGAGUUGAUUCCUGGUGCUAAGCGAAAGGCUUCACAUUUGAGUGAUGUACCUGAAAAAGAAGCCAAUUUGGAUCUUAUUAAGAGUGUUCUUAAUAAGAAGCCCAAGUUUGAUGUUGAAAAGGCAAUUUCGUUACAAAAAAGCGAAGCUAGAGCUGAAAGGAACAAUCAAGAAGGAGAAGAAGGUGGUCGAAAAGGUGGUAACAAAAAAAGGAAAGGAGGCGGCAAGGGUAGUCGUAAGGCUUCGAAAAAACCGAAAGGUGGUCAAGGACAAAGGGCGCCGGGCAAAAAGACAUCAGUGGGCAGAAAGAGACGUUAA